UUUUCUCUGUAAAUUCUAAUCAUUUGUUCCUAAAUGAUGGGAGUGGCUUUGGCUGUGAGGAUACAAGACAACGGGAAUGCGUUUGAUUGGCGAGAGAAUAAUGGAUCCUCAGCUUCCUGAAGUUUUGGCUUUAGGUUCUCCCUUGGUAUUCUCACUUCUGGAAUCCCAAUUCCCAAACAGAUUCCAUUUCCUCAAACCAUGGCUUUCCAAACUCCCACUCCUCCAAUUCCUCACCUCUUAUGCCCAAUCCACACAGGCCCUCAUCAUCCGUGGUGGUGGCUCUAUCAAGCUCACUCCCGCCCUUCUCCACUGCCUCCCCUCGCUCAAGCUCGUCGUCACCUCCAGCGUCGGUGUCGAUCACCUCGACUUGCCCGAAUUGCGCCGCCGCGGGGUCGCCGUUGCCAAUGCUGGAAACAUCUUUUCCGACGAUGUCGCCGAUCUGGCGGUGGGAUUACUCAUCGACGUUCUUAGGAAAGUGUCGGCCGCGGACCGAUUCCUGAGGCAAGGGCUCUGGCCUACAAAAGGAGAGUUUCCUCUCGGGUUAAAGUUGAGCCAGAGACGAAUCGGGAUUAUUGGAUUGGGGAAGAUAGGGAGUGAAGUUGCGAAAAGGCUGGAGGGUUUUGGGUGCAGAAUCUCAUACACUUCAAGGACCAAAAAGCCAUUAGUUCCAUACUCAUACUAU